AUGGCUUCAGAGUAUGAUAUCAUCAAAACCCCUCCAAAGGGCCUCACAUUUGACGUUUUUGGUACUGUGGUAGACUGGAGGAAGACCGUUACAUCCACACUCAUACACAGCGCCCUUGACAAGACCACUUCAUCCUCGCGAUCCGCAAAUCUCUCUCCACCAAUUCGAACACGAUUAUCACAGCUCACGGAUGAAGACUGGGGUGGCUUUGCUCAAGAAUGGAGAAAUAGUUACAAGAAGUUUGUGAGCACUUUCAUGCCAGGUGAAACGGAGUGGAGAGAUAUUGAUACGCAUCAUCACCUUGCUCUUAUUGCUCUCCUCAAGAAGUGGGAGCUUGAGGGUCUCUACAGCGAUGAAGAGGUCAAGGAUUUGAGUCUCAUCUGGCAUUAUCUCGAUCCAUGGAUAGACUCUUCCACUGGGUUGCAGAAGUUGGGGACUAAGUUCAUCACGUCGACAUUAUCAAAUGGCAAUCAAUCACUGCUGAAAGAUUUGGAUCAGCAUGGAAAUUUAGGCUUCAAAAAGUUGCAAUCAUCGGCAGACUUCAAGGCGUACAAGCCGCAUCCAAGUGUGUAUAAGGGCGCAGCGAAGGCAUUGGAGUUGGAGCCGGGAGAGGUUGCGAUGGUUGCUGCACAUCUUAAUGAUUUGAAGGCUGCAAGAGGCUAUGGGUUCCGGACAAUCUAUGUAGAGCGUAGGCAAGAGGAAGAUUGGAGCCCGGAGCAGGAGGAAUAUAAGGAGGCAAAGACCUGGGUUGACAUGUGGAUUACGGAGCGCGAAGAUGGUUUCUUAGAAGUGGCAAGGAGGUUUGGGAUUAAGUGA